AUGAGUGCAGGCAGAGGCGCGCUCGUAUUUGGGAGCUAUUCAGACGGACAUUCACUGCGCUCAAGCCGCUUACGGAGUUGUCAGGUGGUUUUUACGCUUCUUUAACGCUUUUUAGCUUGAUACCAAACGGGAUUUUAUACCAACUCCACCAAAUGAACACUACAACAGUGAAGAAGAACACCGCGCUCAGGUGUUCAGAGAGAUAAGGACUGUACCUCACUAUACCUGCAGGACCUGGGACAUAAAAACACGAACAUUCACAAAAAACAGACGCUUACUGGAUUCACUCAUUCAGUUCAGGCUCAAGGUUCAUUUUGGACUGUUUUAGAGCAAGCAGUGACCUCUGCUCUUGUGUCUUCAACGCAUGCACCAUGCUGUUGGACAGUCUAUGGUUAGUCCAGGUUCUCCUGGUUCUGUCUGUCCUAACGUUGGUCUUGGGCAAUGAACCUCAAAAUGCCCCGCGGGUCUUCUUGUCCUUCAAAGAUCUGAGGUCUACAGGUACAGCCCAUUACUUCUCUUUCCUGCUCAACACAUCCGACUAUCGCAUCUUGCGCAUGGAUGAGGAUCACGACCGCAUGUAUGUGGGCAGCAAAGAUUACAUCCUGUCUCUGGAUCUCCACGACAUCAACCGGGAGCCACUCAUAAUACACUGGCCUGUUUCCCCACAGAGGAAGACAGAGUGUGUUUUAAGUGGCAAAGACACAAACGGCGAGUGUGGUAAUUUCAUCCGUCUGAUUGAGCCGUGGAACAGGACGCAUUUAUACAUUUGCGGGACAGGCGCCUACAACCCCGUGUGCACUUAUGUGAACAGAGGACGCAAGCCUAUGACGGCCAUGCAUCUGCAGAUGCCCCAGACCAGAGGAAGAGCUAGUCGUGCGGCUGAGCCUGAAACAGUGUUUGAUGAGACAGGAUUGCAGGAAUACGUGUUCCAUUUGGAGCCCGGCAAAGAGGAUUCUGGAAAGGGAAAGUGCCCAUAUGAUCCAAAACUGAACAGCGUAUCUGCUUUGAUUAAUGGAGAACUGUAUGCAGGGGUGUAUAUUGACUUCAUGGGAACAGACUCUGCUAUUUUCCGCACUUUGGGGAAAAACGCGGUCAUGCGUACCGACCAAUACAACUCAAGAUGGCUGAAUGACCCAUCAUUUGUCCAAGUGCACCUCAUUCCUGACAGUAGUGAGAAAAACGAUGACAAACUCUACUUUUUCUUCCGUGAGAAGUCUUCUGAAAUGGGCCAGAGCCCCAAAUCACAAUCCCGCAUCGGCCGCAUCUGCCUGAAUGAUGACGGCGGUCACUGCUGCUUGGUCAACAAGUGGAGCACCUUCCUGAAAGCCCGUCUCAUCUGCUCUGUCCCAGGCGCUGACGGGAUUGAAACGCACUUCGAUGAGCUCAGAGAUGUGUACAUACAGCCCACGCAGGACACUAAAAACCCAGUCAUCUACGGGGUCUUCUCUGUGUCCGGGUCUGUAUUCAAGGGCUCGGCGGUCUGUGUCUACUCCAUGGCGGACAUUCGGAUGGUGUUCAAUGGACCUUUUGCCCACAAAGAAGGUCCCAAUUAUCAGUGGGUGGCCUACUCUGGAAAAAUCCCCUACCCCCGUCCGGGAACAUGUCCUGGUGGGACUUUCACCCCGAACAUGAAGUCCACUAAGGACUAUCCAGACGAGGUCAUCAACUUUAUGCGGAAUCAUCCUACAAUGUACAACUCUGUGUAUCCGGUGCACAAGCGCCCCCUGGUGGUCAGGACCAACGUGGACUAUGAGUUCACCACCAUCACUGUGGACCAGGUCACAGCGGCCGAUGGAAACUAUGAGGUGCUCUUCCUGGGGACAGACAGAGGAACGGUGCAGAAGGUGAUUGUCCUGCCCAGUGAUGACCUACAGACAGAAGAACUGGUGCUGGAGGAAGUGGAGGUCUUUAAGGUCCCUACUCCCAUCACAACUAUGAAGAUUUCUUCAAAACGGCAACAACUGUAUGUGGCGUCUGCAGUGGGAGUGACCCAUGUGGCUCUGCACCGCUGUGACGUCUAUGGCGAGGCCUGUGCUGACUGCUGUUUGGCGCGGGACCCAUAUUGUGCCUGGGACGGCAAAUCCUGCUCUAGAUACUCAGCCUCACAGAAGAGGCUUCCUUUUAGACGCAGCCGUCGACAAGACGUAAAAUACGGGAACCCCAUACGCCAGUGCAGAGGAUACAAUUCCAACAUUAAUAAGAACACACUGGAGACGGUGCAGUAUGGGGUGGAGGGCAGCAGCACCUUUCUGGAGUGCCAGGCCAGAUCACCACACGCUGCCAUCAAGUGGCACCUUCACAGAGACAACAGCGACAGGAGAAGAGAAGUCCGCAGUGAUGGCCGUGUGCUGAAGACGGAUCAAGGUUUACUUCUGCGCUCUCUCCAGUCCUCAGACUCUGGCAUCUACAUCUGCACCGCCACAGAGAAGAACUUCAAGCACACCCUGGUCAAACUGCAGCUGCUCGUCUUGACCAAUCAGGCCGUCAACAACAUCCUUGUGGACACUGGGCGUCCGGCCGUCUCUCCACUCCAGUCCAGCACCUGGACCCCCAGCACCGGGCAAUACAAAGACCUGCUGACCAUCCUCAGCCAGCCCGAGAUGGGCCUCAUAAACCAGUACUGCCAGGACUAUUGGCAGUAUGGAGACCCUCUGACCGGGGUCAUCAAGGCCAAAGACCUCAAAGAGCUCAAGGAGCAGAAGAAACCACGAAAUCGCAGACAUCACGGGGACGAGGAGGAGACAUGAGAGAAAAAUAAAACAAAAAUAAACGAGUAAAACUUCCACCAACUGAACUUCAGAAGGGAAGACAUGUCCUUUUAACACAUAAAGAUGAUAUCAUACGCAGUAUUUAUUGUAGGUUGUAUAUAGUACCAUUCUGUGGAUUUCUUUGUACUUAAAUAGAAAAAUGAAUGCUCUUUUGUGUAUAAGUACCUAACGGGCGAAUAUUAUUGUAAUAUUAUUUUUCAAUUUCCAUCUUCCGGGCAUUUGACGACUCGUGUAUAUCGAAAUGAACUCACAGACUAUUAAACUACUCUGAGAAUGGAAAGAGCGGACGGGAAGGAUUCUUCCCUCUUGGACUCUUCAUGCGGAAAACAGGCGGGGCAUGCGGCGGUGACAUCAUAAUGCUCUUCACCACUAGUCCCACCCCCUAAGUGCAUUCUGGUCCCUCAUUGGUUACAAUGAAACACCAGCUCAUAUUGUCUUCCUAAUGUCAGUCUAUAUGCACACAAAACAUCUGUUCUCAUUGCACAAAUGUUUCAAGUAAUCAUGGCACAACUUUUAUUUUUUGUGACUGGACAAGUUUUGACUAAUGUACAACAGCUGCUGAGGGCUCUUAGUACGCUUUUAUUGUUUUUUAUGCCACUUUUGAAAAGACUAAAAGCACAAUCCAAAUUUCACCAUGAUGAUGAUGUCUUGUGUCCACAUAUAGGAAAGUAUGUCCAGGUCAUAUUUCAACAUUUCAUUCAUUUGAGCCGUUUUGAUAUACAGUAAGCAUAUUUUAAUGCUUUAUUUUACUGUGUUAUAGACCAUUUUAGGGAUGUAAACAAAAACAAUGGUCCCAACGUAUUUCCUGUUUUACAUUUUUAUUUUCUAUAGCCUCCAAGAAUCUAAAAAGAGCCACAUAUUGAUAAAUAAUGUUAUGAUAGCUGUGACAUAAGUUAUUAUUGAAUUGCCUCUUGUUACAGUUAUGAAAUAGUUUGAUAACAAGCAGGAAAUGUUCAUGGGCCAAUGACAUGACCACAUUGAAAUAGUCUAUACUAUGUUUUAGAUAUUUUGCCCCAUAUUUUAUAGUUUUACAUUAGAAUCAGUAUAAUUAUUAGGUUUGAAUUAGUAUAAACCCAGGUAAAUACUAAUAUUUAAAAUUCUUCAAAAUUAAACCAACAUGUUUAAACCAAGAAUGGAAAUUUAUAGACAGUUAAGCCAUUAAUUGACAUCAUUUUCAUAAGCAUAUCCCCCUUAUUUUACUGUUACAAUACAUUUAUUAAAGUUUUUUUUAUUUGCAUUAAGAACACAUACUAACAUUUUUUUUCAAAUAGAUUUACAAAGCUUAUCAUCACAGUAAUAAUUAGGCUGAAAGAUAAUUACAAUUAAAAUUACAGUCAAAAAAGUAAAAAGGCCUCAUUUGUAAUAUAUAGAUGAGCAAUAUCACACGAGUAGCAGUGCAAUGUGGCUGUAUAUCGGCACUGGUGGGAGGCGUGCAUGCGGUAUACAGCAACAUCACACUGCUAUUCAUGUGAUAUUGCGUUUUUAUACAACAGUUUGACUGCGUAAUCGAAUAUAUAAAAAAAUUAAAUCAAACACGGAGAGUCUAAAAAUCCUUUUGUAUGAGGAACUACUUUCUUCUGCCAUUCCUUCACAUCUACAGCUGACGUCAGAACAGCAGAAACCUUUACUCGUUCACCAAUGUCACUUUAGAGCUAGUAUUUGAAUGAUUCUCUAGUGUAAUGUCUAAAAUUAUGACAGAACAGGUGAUUUUGCCCACAUUUUAAGAUUAUUAGGCUGAACAGCAUGAAAUACAAUUAGUCUACAGAGAUUUCCCAGUAUUUCUCUGUUGCAAUUAGAUCACAAUAAUUAACCCAGAAAAAGCCAAAGCAGCUGGAAUUUAAAAUUAUGCUCGGUUUUUCCUCUCAUGUAAGGGCUAUUAUGCGGUCUCUGUCGCCAUCUUGUGGAUGGACAGCGUCAACCGGCAACGUCUUUGGCCUGCUCAAUGACAGGCUAAUGGUCUCGGAGAAAUUAUAAAAAUUUAAAAUAGGCACUAUCCUUAUAAAUAAACUGCAUAGUUGCAAUCUAAAUAACUACAUUCUCAACUAAAAAAAGCCUUAAAAGUACAUUAUGUUGUCCAACAGCUGCAAUAUUUAUCAAACUGUAGAGUGUCCUCUGCUUGUUGCUGUAUGUGGGCGGAGUAAUAAACAAGGGUGAAGGGGUGAAAAGGCUGGACGAGUACUGUUACUUGCAGAAUAUCGCCUGGCUAUCUGCCAAUCAGAUUCAAGAACCAGACAGAACUGUUGUAUAAAUACUUUUACUUCAUUCAUUUAUUCAUUUUCCUUCUGCUUAGUCUUAGUCCCUUAUUUAUCAGGGAUUGCCACAGUAGAAUGAACUGCCAAAUAUUCAGGCACAUGUUUUAUGCUGGGGAUGCCCUUUCAGCCGCAACUCAAUACUGGGAAUACUUUUACUUUUGGGAUGAAAUAUGAUCUGGACAGGUUUUAUGAAAUUCAGUCAACGAUGGCACAUAAGUUAAAUACGUAUUUAGAUAAACUGGUGAAGGCUACAAUAUAAUAUAAGACGGAUCUACAUUCAUUUUCAAAACGUGUUCACACUGUAUAGAGCAUUUUAUCAUGGUUUUAAACUACUCGAGGUCUUGGGAAGCUGGCUUUUCAUUGUGUGCAUGAUUUAUGUAGUGGUAUCGUAAUUACGAAAUUAAAGAUAGCUACGUUGCAGUUCUGUUCCUAUAUUUUAUGAAAAGGUCAGUGUUGGGCAGAAGGGCAAAGUGUUAUUUUCUCUGAGUGGCUUAUCCAGGCAAAUGAGGACAACAAUUCACCUUAAAGUGAUGAUGACAAACCAUUUAGUACAACGGUUGGUGCUAUUUGAAGAGUUUUCCCUGCACAACACACAAACGGCCCCAAAACCAGUGUCUUGCAUUGAGAGGAAAUGGUUGUACAAUUUCUUGGUAUUUUUAAGAUGAGUCUUUAGAAAUGUUUAUGUUUUUAUUUUGUCAUCAGUUUGAAACUAAAUGCACAGGUGACGUUACUGUGAUAAUUGUGUAAAUGAUUUUCCUUUUCCCCUCUUGCUGUUGCUAACUAAUAAAUUAAAGCUCUAUAUUUUAUAGUAA